AUGUCGAGCGCGGACAAGAAGGGCCGUCGCGCCCCCAAACGCGCCAAGAAGCAAGCCGUGGAGGACGACGAACCGGAUCUCGACCAAGAACGCCGCCAAGAACGCCUGCGCGCAGCUCUUCGCGUAGGGUUGGUUGGCAAACGUCAAGUGGAGGCUACCAAUACAGCCAUCCAAGAGGCCCUGGGAUCGAGCGGAGGCCUCAGCGCCUGCUCGGGUGUGGACGUGGUGCGCCCUCGUACUAACAAACAGCGCUUUCUCUUUGCCUUUCCCGGUUAUCUACCCCUUGAUCUCGCCAACGAUAAGCUUGGGGAGGUCUACAAUCUUGACACGAACAUGCCCAGCAUGAGUCUUCACACUGCUCAGGGGCACGUUCGGCUUGAGGGAGUGCUGGCCUAUCCCAAGCGCAACAUUCUAACAUUGGAACAGCACAACAAUCUGAUCAAGUGCAACAAUCAAUUUGAUUGCGUGGUCUUGUUCCCAGAAAUACACCUGGAUCCCGAACUGCAAGACGACCCACAUUCGCUGUACCCACUCGCGUCGUACCGGGGUUCUAUCGUCUCACCCGUGCGGGUUUGUGCACCAAAGCUGAGCGGUCUUGAGCUGCAGGAGUUACAUGGUACCCAGGGCACACUGGUUGGCACGGCAAGCACCGCCGAGAGCCUGCCGGCUUCACAAGAAAGCGAGGGUGAUUCUCAGCUGGAGGCACACGAGGACGAGGACGGGGACGGGGACGGAGACAGCCUUUCGGGCUCCCAGCGCCGCUCCAGCCGCCGCCGCUCCCGCGUCAACUAUGCUGAAGGAAAUGCCGAAGAUGAUGUGCAGAUUGAGGAGGAGGAUGGUAAUGCUCAAGAGGACGACACAUCAGCAACGCCGCAGUCCAGCACACGCCGGACGCCAGUCCGUCGCUCGACUGCACCCCUUCGUCCGAGCCGCGCGCCGGUGCAAGCUGAGGACAGCGAGGCUGAAGAUGACGCAACAGUGGUGGUUGAAGACGAUGAGGGUGACGAUGGGGACGACCCCAACGAUGCCGACUUUGACCCUGGAUCGGCUGGCAAAAGCAAAGGUCGUGCGGCCAGUAGCAAGACCACCACGCCGGCACGGCGAGCGCGCUUUUCCCAAGCCAAAGCUCGUCGCUCAGCGCACCCCGACGAGGUGGAACCAGCUGACGAGAUUGCCUUGAACUCGGGCCGAUCUGCGCCACCUCUCCGGGUCGUGGUGGCACCAACGCGCCCCCGGUCCACUUCGACCCGCAACACCAAAGGUCGUGGUCCCGCCGCUGCCCCUGGCGUACAUAUCCAGCUCAGUGAUAGUGAGGAUGAGGACACCCCGACCCCUCGGGGUGCUGGUACGGCCAAACGAAGCAUUUCCCAGGCGCCACAUGCUGCUGACGACUCGGAGGCAGAUAGCGAUGUGGAACUGGCCGAGGAGCAACGCUCGCCUUUUCGCCGCAGGCAUCACGCUGUUCAACAAAGCCCCUCAGUGCGCGGUUCCCUGUGCCUCUUGCGCAUCAUGGCAGCACCGGGCGAGGAUGAUGGGCUGAAGCUCAAGGCCUUUCUGGCACAUGUGAAUCAAGUGGCAGCGGAUGACAGCCAGUGGACCAGUGAGCGACAGAUUGAGCGCUUACUGCGCCCGGGCAAGAAGUACCGCAAUCUCAACCCGUAUGAGGUCCUGCAGGUGCCCUGGGAUUGUGAGGACAGCGUGAUUAAGAAGCAAUACCGCAAGCUCUCCAUCUUGCUUCAUCCAGACAAGAAUCGAGGCAACCCCGAGCAGGCGCAGGAGGCAUUCGAGGAGGUCAACAAGGCCAAGCAGAUGCUGGACGAUCCAGAGAAGAUGGGCUGGGUCAACAUGAUUCUGGAAGAGGCACAACAGAGCUUUCCAUACUUGUCUCACUCUUGUGACCUGACCCGGCACCACCAGCUGACGCAGCGACGCAAGGAGGCCAAGAAAAAGGGUGAAAAACUGCCCGAAGACCUCUCACAGGAACAGUACAACGAGUCCUUUCGGCGGCACACCAUGAAAAUGUUUGCGGAGAAGCAGAAAGAGCUGGAGGAUCAAGUAAAAUUUGACCAGGAGCAAAAGCGGCGAUUGGCCGAGGAGAAGGAAGCACUAAAAGAGGCCAGAAAGGCCAAGGCAGAGUAUGAAAAGGCAUGGGCGGCGGGACGUGAUGCGCGCAUGGACGCUUGGGCCAAGUUUGAGAAAGCCAACAAGGCUGACGAGAAGAAGAAGAAAAAGAAAGAAAAGAAGAUCAAGAGCCACUUUCGCCCGCCCAAGCACAAGAUGGAGCAACGCGAUUAG